UAGUAGUAGUUCGCUCGUGCAGCGCAGCGAGAGAUAUUUCCUAACUUUCCAUAGCGAUUAAUGUCUCCACUUAUGUUUGUAUCAUGUUAAUUCAACGAAAUAUUAGUCUUGCAAAGCGAUGCGUCGUAUCACCAGCUUUCGUCGUUUGAUAAUGCGUACUUCCUUCUGAAUAGAUUGAUACCAUCUGAUAUAUGAUUCUGAGCAACAUGGAGUCCUCGGAGGAUAGAAAGAACGCAAUGGAGGACUGCGAGGAUCAGAAGAACAAUUCAGAGACAGCAGUUACAGAGAAGGACAAAAACGAUAAUGAAUCUAGCAAGAAAUCGAACAAAAUAAACAAUCUAACUAAUGCUCUGGAGCAAAGUGACAACAUAGAAUCAAAGACAAAUGUGAAUAGAUCAAAGGAUAACGUUAGCAAUGAGUCUGAUGUCAAAAGCCGAAAACAAUCUGCUAAAAAACACAGUAGAAUUGAAGCAGAAUCGCAAGAAAAUAACAGUGUUGAAAAUAGACUUGAUGGCAAGAAGCCUGAUGUCUCUAAAAGUACAAGCGAGGAAACACAAGCUUCGGAAACAAGAUCGUCUUUGUCUGUUGGUAAAGACGUCAAGAUCAAUGGAGCAGAGAUUAAAGGGGAAAGUGCAGUUAAGGAGGGCAAGAGAAAACGGAGAAUGUCGAGGUUGGUAGACACCUGUCUACAAGGCAGAGAUUCUUCGGUAGAAAAAAACGAAAGGAUUAACAAACGCAAGCGAUCUAGGAGUGACGAAGAUAAGUUCUGCUGGCGAUGUCACAAAGAGUCUGUUGACAGCCAUUGUACCGCAUGUCCACGUUCCUGGCAUCGUCGAUGUAUGGGUGGAGGUCCACAACCAACACCGCAGAAUUGGAUUUGUGGCGAGUGUGCUACUAUUUUAAAAGCAGAAAAUGCAGAAACACGCUCACCGGCGAUGGCUCAGUUGAGUGUUGAACAGCUCUGUACACUACUGAGACAUGUGGUUGGAAGAAUGCGUGAUUAUCCAGGGUCGGAGCCAUUUUGGAAGGCGGUAGAUCUCAACGAAGUUCCGAACUAUUUGGACUAUGUUGUUAAGCCAAUGGACUUGAGUCUAUUAGAAUCUAAUGUCCGUGCAAAACUUUAUGGUAGUACGGAGGCAUUUAUGGCUGAUGCUAAGUGGAUACAGCACAACUGCAUUGUGUUCAAUACUUGUGGAGGCGUUUACACAGACACCUCUAAACUAACAAAUGCUGCUAGGCAGAUUAUAAAAGCAGCCAGGCAAGAGGUGUCUGAGAUUGAGGCCUGUUCCGACUGUUAUGGACAUGCGCGAAACCUUCCCAGACCUCAACCCUCUUGGUUCAUUGAACCGUGCCGAAGGCCGCAUCCACUUGUCUGGGCAAAACUAAAGGGAUUCCCAUUUUGGCCAGCCAAGGCUAUGUCUCGCAUAAAUGGCCAAGGGCAUGUGGACGUCCGAUUUUUUGGAGCUCAUGAUCGGGCUUGGGUACCAAUUCGUGAUCUAUUUUUAUAUUCCGAAGAUCCGCCUGCACCGCUUCCGCGUAAACGAAAAGCAGAUAUGGACGAAUGUGUUCGUGAAAUAACGCGCCAUUGUCGAAAGCUGGAGUUGACAUUUGGACAGUUUAAAUUUGCGCCGCCGAAAAUACAGUACAAUCCGAGAGAUCCAUUGCAGAUAAAACUAAUGCUACCUAACUAUGAUCCUCUUCAGCCCAGCACUCCUGCUGUAGUAUCUCCCAACACUUCACCACGAAGAAAACCACCUUUGAGAAAGCGAGGCUUUUAUCUCACAAAGAAAUCAUGUUCUGAGGAAUCAACGACAAAUAAUGCUUCUGAUUUCGCUAACGAUUCAACACCACCUCAGGGUGAUUCGGACAACGAUUGUGAAAAAUAUAUCGAGGCAUCCAGAAUACCUAAGGUGUCACUGUCCAACAAGCUCAAUAAAUCCAAGUUGCCGCCACUUGCUAAAUCUAACGAAAAUCAAAAAGUGAUCCAGAAUUCAUCCGAUAAUGGAAAUGUUCACCAGAAGAAAAUCAGAAUGAAUUAUAAUCGAAGUAAUACUUCAAACGACACUGACAACUUGGAUGAUAGUGUGAAAACAGACGACGACAGUCAAUUAGAGCAAAGAUAUCGACGAAGAUGGGAUGCAAAUAACAGUAGCGACGGGCAUAGCAGUUCUGAAAACGAAGUUUCAUUGGAAAUAAGAAAAUCCUCGAAGUUUGGUAGCGUUAAAUCACAUAAAGGGGAGGAUGAUACUGAAGCAAAUAAUACAAAAGUUCAUAAUAAUCUAUGCAACGAAACGAGAUCUGUACAAGACUCAAAAAUCAAAAUAAAAAGUCCGAAAACGAAUAAAAAUCCGGUUAGAGUCUAUAAGCCAAAAACUAGAAUGGUGAAUCAAGUCAAUGCGGAGCGAGCAAAAGCUACAGCCUCGAACGAGCAAAAAAAAUUGAUAGAAUGCACAGAAAAUAUUAUUUCUCGCCAGGAUCAACCAUUAAAUAGGCUUCUAGCACCUGCGAAUACUAGUGCACAAUCCACUGCCAUUGUGAGUGAUAUUUGUAUAAGUACAGCCGUUACUAUAGCUAAUUCUGUGUCCGUCCCUAACAACCCUAUGAACAGUGUUACUAAAUCUGUUCAUAAUGCAAACUUGAUUACUGCCUCUACUAUUAGUCCAUCAAGCACAAUAACCGCAGCAUUGAAUACAGAUCCUAUUGCAUCAUCCUCAAUGGGUUCGAUUUUUUUACCAAGAAUCACCUUACUGGAAUCCACAACAAAAAUGAAUUCAACAAAGGACUGUUUAAUCAUGACUGAAGAAACAACAAUGGUUAAGGAAGAGCCAAAGGAUCAACCGCAAAAUCAUACACCAAAAAAGGAGUCUAAGGCACGUAAAUCCUUUCUUAAUAAACCUCCAAUGUUUCCGCAAAUCUCGCCAACAUCCCCGCCAAAAGCUCCGGCAAGUCCACCCGAUGCAAUGGUUUAUAUACCGGGACACAGGACAGAAAGUGAACAUGAUCACUCGCUGCUAUCUCCAGAGGCAGGACCACUCAGUGCACAACUUCACCGAGGUGGUCAGGAAUUAGCCAAGCGAAUGGCACAGUUAAUGGAGGAAGCACUGACUGAAGCAGCUCAAAUAAAUUCCAGUAACUCAGAUAACUCUGGAAUCAAUCAACGUGCUACGGUGCACUAUCUCAAACUGCAGAUUGAACGCAUGAGGUGGCAGCAUCAACAGCACCUAGCCGAAUUGAAGCAUAACACAGAUCUGACGCUGAGAGAAAUGAGAGCUAGUUUAGAGGCUGAAAGGUAUCGGGCCAUCGAAGAAACUAAGCGAGAGGCUGAGGAAGAGAAAUUAAGAAGUAUCGAGGAAACAAAACGAAAGCAGUGGUGUGCAUUGUGUGGAAACGAAGCAUUAUUUUACUGCUGUUGGAAUACAGCGUAUUGUGACUAUCCUUGCCAGCAAGCUCAUUGGUCUACUCAUAUGAGAACGUGCGCGCAAAAUCCACCACCAAAUACCAUUAUUACUGCAACUGCGAAUGUCAGUCAACAACAAGUGAUGCCUAGCCUUGUAAUGACUUCACCACACGCAUCGUCUAGCGUAUGGGGGGCCUAGAACUAAAAUUACUUGAACGUGCCACAAGUUAUAAAUAGUUCCGAAAAAUAAGCAUUCUCUUCACCGAGAAUUUCAAAUCAGGCAAUCAAUGGUAGUGAACUGAAAACAAAAUUGGGUGUAGGAAAAUUUCAAAAUUUAUUCCGAUACGCAUAUUUCUCAUCAAAUUACUUGGUAAAAUAAAUUCUCUAAGUAUUAAAGAUGCAAAUAUUUUAUUACAAGUUGUGGUAAGUUUACAAUUUAAAACUAGUAUCAGAAUUCAUAAAGAUGUUUUAUAUUUAAUAUCACCAAUAUUGUUGUGCAGAUGGGUUGCUCCGAAAAAGUUUAGCGUACUCAUUACGGGAAGCAGCUACAAAUUUUGUUUUCUUUGUUUUUCUCUAUAUGUAUACUUAAUGUGUGGCCUAUAGUUUUAGCAAAGCACAAUUUAACCAUAGUGGGUUUUUUUUUUUUUUUUAUUUUUCUAUACAAGGUCUUAAAACAUUCGAAAUAUGGGUAGUAUCAGUUAAUUCAAUGUAAAGUAAUAAUAUGAAUUUAGAAUCAGUCAUACAAAACGAUACUUGGGCUGUUGCAAUAAAAAUAAAUGUUUGCAUUUAUCAAAGGUAUUCUUUUAUUUUAUUUAUAUCACUAUUUUUAGUUAAUGAGUUGAAUUUGAAUAACUGCUUACGCCUCAUCGUUGUUUAUUCUCCUAAAGUAUUUAGCAUAUAAAUCAAGUUGAUGGUUAAGUAUCCGACUUAUCAUAUUAACAUUUUUGUAUAUUUCUCGAAUGGUCCUAAUUAAUCAUGUGGCUCCGUUCGCAAUAUUCAUACUCUCCAAAAUGAUUAGUUCAGGCUUGUGUAAACCACCACAACAUGCCCGACAAAUCAAGUAAUUAAAAUGAGGCAACGGCAAAGUACGCAACCCGAAAUGAUGAAGAAUAUGGCAUGGAAGUU